UUGCCUGUAGAAAAAUGUCGUGAAGGUGAUUUCCAAUGUGGAAGUGGAGAAUGUAUUCGUCCACAACAGCGGUGUGAUGACAGAAGAGAUUGUGUGGAUGGCUCCGAUGAAGUGAACUGCAUGAAGUGUCGCGAAGGCGACUUCCGAUGUGGCAGUGGAGAAUGUAUACGUCCACAGCAGCAAUGUGAUGGCAGGCGAGACUGUGCGGAUGGCUCCGAUGAACUGAACUGCACAAAGUGUCUUGAAGGUGAUUUCAAGUGCGCCAGUGGAGAAUGCAUCCGCCCUAAGCAGAGGUGCGACGGAAGACGCGAUUGUGCUGAUGGCUCCGACGAAAUCGAUUGUGUGGACUGUCGUGAGGGCGACAUCCGUUGUGGAAGCGGCGAAUGCAUCCGCCCUCAACAGAAGUGCGAUGGUCGGCGCGAUUGCAGAGACGGCUCCGAUGAGAUGAACUGCGUAAAAUGCUUUGACGGUGAUUUCCACUGUCAAUCAGGCGAAUGCAUUCGACCCUACCAACAGUGUGAUGGUCGCCGAGAUUGUCGAGACGGAUCAGAUGAAAUGAACUGUGAUUUUGAGGUUGUCAUUUCCCCCGGCUCGAUUGCGCGAAGGCCGCGGAGGCCCUUUGAGUUUACCUGUAGCGCCCCCGAGGGCCAGAGACCAGUCGUUAGAAUUGUACGGGACAAGACAGACGUUCAGUAUAACCCUGCAUUCUCCGUCAGCAGACCAAAGGAAAAUGCCAUUAUCGUGAGGGCUCCACAUGGUCUUACAGAAGCAGAUGACGGCAUUGUAUUUGAGUAA